GGUAAACGGAAGCUUCCUGUCGUACGUCAUCAGUCGGUCAUGCAGUAGCUACUAGCAACAACUCGCAGCAGAAAAAGCUUGGUAAUUCGAUAUAAUAAGUUGAAAAGAUGAUGUUACCAAAGUCUUAAUGUUACUAGACGUGUAUAGGUCGUGAUUAAUGUCACUAUCGUUAAUAAGCACUGCUCAUAAUACUCCGCUUGUCAUCAUUGUGUAACGUUACCAGUUUAUAUGAGUCCAGAAGUUGUCUCAAAUACAUCAACGAAUUAAUCAUUUAAAAGUGGUUUGUUAAAUCGCAGGCAUGGCGAAGGUGACGACGGACGACACAGUUUCGGAGUACCUGGCCCAGAACCGGGAGGUGGCCGAGUGGGUCGACACUUUGAGGGGCUACUGCGAAAACAACAAACAGUGGUUUGCCCGCAGAGAGUUCAUCCUAAAAAACAUGGACGCAUACCCUACAGUGAAACCAGGUGUCUCCAACAGUAGUCUGGACAGGCUGCUGUCUCUCUCCAUGGUUUGGGCGAACCAUGUUUUCCUCGGCUGCAGCUAUCCAGAAGUUGUCAUGCUCAAGAUUAAAGAUAUGGCUGAAGGAAUAACUGUUCCAGAUCGUCCAGUUCAUACUACACGCAAGGAAAAGUUCGGUGCGCCAUUUGGAGCGCCCGACGAAAGCUGUGCCAAACGAUCCAGAUACGCUCUUAAUGAGCCCGACGGUCGACUGGCCGGGAAAACAUCGGCACAAUCUAUGAGUCAGAAAUCGGGGCCGUCCUCGCAGGCACCGGCGGAGCACCAGCCUUUCUUCAACCGCCUCUACAAGGCUGUGGCCUGGAAGUUGGUUUCGGCGGGGGGGUUCGGCCCCAACCUUGACCAUUUUGAAAUACUUUGUAGCUGUGUGGAGUCAUGUAAGGAGACCUUGACGUGCGUCUUUGUGCCGCUGAAGGACAUUGUCGGCCUGCCCACAGCUCGCACGCAGAAGGAAGGCCACGUGUGCGAGAUUCGCUGUCAGACCGUCUACAUGGGCACGGGCUACGGGCGCGACGAACCCGCCGCCCGAGCCAUGGCUUCCAAAGAGGCGCUGAAAGUCUUUCAAGGCAGAAAAGUGACAGUAAAGAUCGCCAGACGGCGGUAUAAAGGGAGGGAUGUGGAGGAUUUGUUGUUGCUGGAUGAGCAGCCUCGGAGUCAGGGCUUCCCCCCCGCGCUCAGCUACCCUUUUUAGUACGACUGUGCGGGAGAUGCGGACCGACUUGUGAUUUUGGGGGCCUGCUGUAAUGACACAUUGGCGUCUACUGGAUGGAGCACUGAAGAAUGACACUUUGGUUUGUGGACCACAGCCUUGUGCACUUGAUGCCAGUUCGAAUCGCAUCAACAGCGGCAAGUUUUGUUAUGCACUUUUUUGAACCAGGCCAUUCUCACCAGUUCAGAGCCGUCCUUUGUUCAAGUUACCAGGGAAAAUAAUUUGCCUUUGCCAUCCUCACAUUAGCGGCUUUACUUUCCACACAGGCCAGCAACUAAUAUUUAUGUUCAAAUCUAUUGUAAGGAUUAUGGCAUUUUCUUUUUUUUCCCCCCCCCCAUCUCCGUUUGCUUCGUAUUUAAAAAAAAAAAAAGCAUCAGGCUGAAGUGAAAUCUUAAAAAAUGCUAGUUCUUAUUAUGUUAUCCUGGUCACUCUUUCCCUUUUCCCAUGAAUUGUACUUUCAGUCUUUUUCUUUAAGGUAACUCUUGUUGCUCUUCAUUGACUUUUGACUGUUAGAUAUCAGAUAUUAAUAUUUGCCUCACACUACCCAUGGUUUUGGUUUUCCAUGGGUUACAGCGGAGUUCAUAUUAUUUGCUAAAAUCGUUGUAUGUGUGACAAAACCUCAAACAUACCGCUUGCUUAUAGCAUGCUGUCAUUGUUGUAAUACUGCCCAGAGCUGAGGGAAGUAUUUCUUUAAAUUGGAAACCAUGCAUUUCCUUGACUACUGUAACUUGUUUCCAUUUGAUUCUAUUAAGUUAGGAUGUGAAUAAUUGGGUAGGAUCAAUGCUGCUCUGCUUUGUGAUUUGUGUUUGUUCAGUCAGGACCGACAAUGAAAUGCAGGUUUGGAGUGAAACGAUAAUUCUUCUCACCUCCUUUUGUUACCCUAACUUUAUUGCAGUGCUUAAAAGUUUUCAUUUUGAAUAAACGUUUUAAGUCAACCCAA